UGAGUGACGCAAUGAAGUCAUCCUUUGCAAUUUGAAGAUCCAUGGGUUCAUGGUGGAAGUGGUUAUGAAAGUGCUCAUGAAAGGUCAGAAAAAUAUCCAGAAUGAAGUAUGAGGAAACAAAAGGAUGUAAAACCAGAAGAGAGAAUAUCUGACUUGAACAAUACAGUAAGAAGGUCUAACUAAUGUGUGUGAUUAUAGUCACAGGAAGAAAAAGAGGUUCAAAAAGAUGUGUUAUUUGAAGAGAAGGUUCCUGAGAAUUUUCCAAAGCUAAUGAAAGUUUAUGAAGUCUACAGAUUCAAGAUGCUUUCUCUAUAAACUCACUACAAAGUGGGACAACAAUAUAAGACAAAACAAAUUCCAGUCACAUUAUAUUAAAACUGAAAAUCAAACCAGAAUCCUUAAAAGCAACCAGAGAACAAAAGACAGACAAUGGAUUGCAGCUGAAAUCUGACUAGAAACCAGAAGAAUAUCUGGAAGACCAUGGAAUACUAUCCUAAAGUGCUAAAAGGAAACAGCAUCUACUUAGAAUUUCAGAACCAGUGAAACCACCCUUAAGAAAUGAGAGGGAGAGAUUCAGACAAGAUGGCAUGGACUUGUCCCUCCUAGCUCCUCCCUGCUUCAUAAAGUUACAAACCUAAGGAAGAAAACACAACUGUGCUGGUUAAUGUUUUGUGUUAAGGUGGCUGGGCCACAGUGCUCAGGUCUUCUUUUAUCUUCUGUGUUGAGUAUUAAACCAUGGGGAGGAAGCUGGACCUGUCUGGUUUGACUGAUGAAGAAACAGAGCAUGUUCUUCAGGUGGUUCAGAGGGACUUCAAUCUUCGCAAAAAAGAAGAAGAGCGACUAAGUGAACUGAAGCAGAAACUGGAUGAUGAAGGCAGCAAGUGCAGCAUCCUCUCAAAGCACCAGCAGUUUGUGGAGCACUGCUGCAUGCGCUGCUGCUCGCCCUUCACCUUCCUCGUCAACACCAAGCGCCAGUGUGGAGAUUGCAAGUUCAAUGUCUGCAAGAGCUGCUGCUCCUACCAGAAGCACGAAAAGGCCUGGCUCUGCUGCGUCUGCCAGCAAGCGAGGCUUCUGAGGGCCCAGUCUCUGGAAUGGUUCUACAAUAAUGUGAAGAGCCGCUUCAAGCGCUUUGGCAGUGCCAAGGUUCUGAAGAACCUGUACAGGAAGCACCGACUGGAGAGUGGCGUGUGCUUUGACAUUCUAGGACAUAGUGUGAUGGACACCUUGGCUGUGGCCCUCCGGGUGGCUGAAGAGGCCAUUGAGGAAGCGAUUUCCAAAGCAGAAGCGUAUGGGGACAGCCUGGACAAGCAGAACGAGGCCAGUUACCUGCGGGACCACAAGGAGGAGCUAACUGAGGAGCUGGCCACGACAAUCCUGCAGAAGAUUAUACGAAAACAGAAGAGCAAAAGUGAGCAGCAAGUGGAAGAGGAGCCAGGAUGGCCACAUCCCCAGAGUUGCAGCACAAAGGUGGCAGACGAGGGGACCUCAGCACCCCCUGGAGGCCACCGUGCUCCCACUGCCCUCUGGCGGUCCCAGUCUGCCUUCUCAGUCACUGGAGAAGAUGCCCUGAAGACCCCUCCAGUGGAGGCUGCAUCAAGGCAGCCAGGGGACCAAGGCCAGCACCCGAGAGCUGAGUCUGCUCUGCCUAGCUGGAAGAGCGUGGACAGACUGGAUGAAACGAACCUGGCCCCAGUUUUGCAGAGCUCCGACGGGAACUGGGUGGCCCUGAAGGAUGGUGCUCCACCCCCCACCCGCCUACUGGCCAAGCCUAAGAGUGGGACAUUUCAGGCCCUGGAGGUGGCCUCCAGUGUGGCAUCUGCCUAUGAUGAGAUGGGCUCCGACAGCGAGGAAGACUUUGACUGGAGUGAGGCCUUGAGCAAGCUGUGUCCCAGGCCCCGGGGCCUGCCCAGGAACCCCCAGCCUCAGCCCACACAGGCCCAGAGCUCUGACCAAGGCCCCAUGGCUGCCUCCCCAAUCUCUGCAAUCUCCCCCAACCCUGAAGCCAUGUGCUCUGACUCGGAGACCUCCUCAGCGGGCUCUUCCCGAGAAGUCGGGCACCAGGCCAGACUGUCCUGGUUACAGAGGAAGGCCCCCAGGAACCCUGAAGCAGAGAAGAUGCGCCUGCAGGGAGAACUGGAUGUGAACUUCAACCCCCAGGCGGCUAGCGGGGAGACCUCGGAUAGCAGCGAGCCGGAGGAGGCCCCCCACACCACAGACCGGCGGGCUAGGAGGUGGAGAAGAGCCCGACUGGGCUCAGAAGAGCCAAGCAAAGAGCCAUCCUCCCCCAGCGCCCAGCACCGGGAUCUGGACACACGUCAGAUGUUGGGUGAUUUAUCAGAGACAGACAUCAGCAAUGAGGCUCAGGACCCUCGGACUCCCACAGACACCACAGAGGAGAAACGGAGAAAUAGGCUGUACGAGUUAGCAAUGAAAAUGAGUGAAAAGGAGACUUCUUCAGGGGAAGACCAGGAGUCUGAGCCCAAGACAGAAUCUGAGAACCAGAAGGAAAGUCUGUCCUCUGAAGACAACAGCCAGAGCGUCCAGGAAGAGCUGAAGAAGAAGUUUUCUGCUGUUUCUCUCUGCAACAUCUCCACAGAAGUCCUGAAAGUCAUCAAUGCCACAGAGGAGUUGAUAGCAGAAUCUACAGGGCCCUGGGAGUCCCCUCAAGUCCCUCCUGACAGAGAGAAGGGGACGUUUCCUCGUGGUACAGACCAAGUGAGACUGGAUGAGCAGCUGACUUCCCUGGAAGAAAAUGUGUACCUGGCAGCAGGCACUGUGUAUGGACUGGAGAGCCAGCUGACUGAGCUGGAAGAUGCCGCCCGCUCCAUCCACAGUGGCACUGAGGAGACCCAUCUGGCAGAUCUGGAGGACCAGGUGGCCACAGCUGCAGCCCAGGUUCACCAUGCUGAACUCCAGAUUUCCGACAUUGAGAGCCGGAUUUCAGCCCUGACCAUUGCAGGAUUAAACAUAGCACCAUGUGUGAGCCUCACAAGAAGACGGAAUCAGAAGCAGAGGACCCAGGUACAAACCAUAGACACAUCCAGGCAGCAAAGGAGGAAACUGCCUGCUCCACCGGUGGCAGCUGAAAAAAAUGAGACAUCUUCAGUGACCACCAUUAAAACAUUUAACCGCAACUACAUUCUCCAAGGCUCCUCAAAAAACAGGACUAAAGAAAGGAAAAUCACCACCAAGGAUCUGAUGGAGCCUGCUCUGGAGUCAGCUGUGAUGUACUGAUGCCAUGGAACUCCACUGCCAGUGACCCACUGCCUCCGGCCGUACACGACAGUGCCUUGACCCAACAGCCAUCGAGUACUGUAUGGAUUUCCACCUGAGGAGAAGGCCUGGGGAGGCCACAGUGCACCACUGCACAGGGCUGUCCUGAUACCUCACCCAGAAAGCCGUCUCAGACUUCAGCAUUGCGGUCUUGCCCACUCUCUGCCUUAGGCUCCCAGGGGAAUCCAAGACAGAAAACCAAGACACUGGCUUCCAACAGCAGAGCUCCAUAUUUUCCUGUUUGCUUUGCGACUAUGUGUUGACUUUAAGAUCUUUUUUUAAGCCCUUUGAUUCAGCUAGUAUUCCAUGUCAACAGUUUGUCCAAAGGAAAACUGUUGGAGAGGGUAGAGGGAGGAAGGUGGGAAUUAUCAUUUAAUGCAUCAUUAAUGCUUAUUAAUCUCUCAUAAGCAUCUUCAUCUUGCAAAUCCUAAGGGAAAAGUGAGUCCCUGCGGUGAGCACUAGGGACGGUCUAAUUUUGGGAUUGCUCAACCGUCAAGUCUGCAGGUCUUCCUUCGGCCACCUCCUUCCUGCUAAGCUCUUAGCCUACCGCAGUGCCAGUCAUUCCCAUUGCUUUGCAAUCACAAGCCACAGGAUGAGAAGUUCUGACUCAGCCAUGCCAUGCCCAGGUCUCUCUGAAACAAUGUCUCAUUAAGAAUUUAGGGUUCUUCCAUGGGCUUAUUGACAGUUUCCCCACCCUGAAGGAGAAAGGGGCUUGAGAAAGACACCACUGGCCCAACUGUAGAGCACUGUCAGAAUCGGCAUGAUGUGGGUUAGCAGGGAUCACAUCUAAACGGAGUUCAGGUAGAUGAAUCACUGCAGAGAAAAACCAUGAGAACAUUUUUGUCCUCCAAAAUUUAUUUCCCAGUAAAUAUUCAGCAAAGUAGCAAAAUGACCGUAAAAUAAAAAAUGAUUAAGGAAUAGCCUUAGAAAAUUCAUAGAUAUAAAAAAUUGAACAACCGACUGUGUAUUUAAUGGACACACGAGUUGACUCUCACUCCAUUUCUGUGGUUUUUUUUUGAGCCCGUAUCAAAUGCAUGACUAUUGAGAGCCAUUUAUAAAGGCAAAUGGAACUGGGCUUUCACUCAACUGGGCUCUAACAACCUUCUUUUAUGUUUGUUCCUGAUAUACUCUGAACCUCAGGAAGAAGGUAAAGGAGGCGAGAGAAUAGUUACGAUGGAGGUGUGUUCAGUGCCUGCUCCGAAGGAGGCGAUGUUCUCGUUUAAUCCUGACGGCAAUGUUAUUCAACAGGUGUUCCCGCCGUUCAGAUUUCAUAACUGAGGGCCAGAGAGAUUCAUUUGCCAAAGCCACACCUUUACGCUAAUUAUUAUUGGAAUGCAUCACAAAACCUAACUCUGUGUUGUUUUCAGCCUCUGCGUUACUUUGUCGCUAUGUGCAUUUCCAGAUCUGCUUUGCUGCUGAUUCGUGCGCUCUGACCCACUGCUGACAGGGUCUACGUUAUCUUCCAAUAAUACUCCUUGCUGAUGCUGUGUUAUGUGUCAUCUAACAGAAGUGACUCCUUUGAAAUAAGUAAAUCUUCGGCUUUUUGUUCUGUUGGUGUGAUUCAAAGCAAAACAAACAAAAACAAAUUUUAAAAACACAACAAAAAAGAUCUGACUUCCAAAUAGAACGUUUUCUUUAAGAGGCAUGAAAAGCAACUAUUGUUGUGUUACAGUAUUAAAAAUAUUCAGUUUUCUUUGACAAAAAUGUGUGCUGUGUAAGCCUUGCAAACAAAAAGAACAAAAAAGAAGAAUAAGCAGCCUGCUGUGUGGCAUCUGAACUUUUAUAAAGGUUUCCUUGUGCCAAAUAAGUGCAAAGAUUUAAUUUACUAUUAAAAACCAUAAGCAUAUGUUAUAGUUCCAGAAGAAUUAUUUUGUCAUCAAGUGAUUUUGAUCUUUAGUGUCAAUAUUUAUAUUUAGAUUAAUUUUUAUAAAUGAAAAUAUUUUAAUGGUUUAAGAAAAUGAGGACAACAGGAUAAUACCUUUGAUGACUUCUGAAAGUUAUGCUUCCCUUCAUGUUAUAUGCACAUUGCCAAGAAUUACUGUCAAGAGAAAUGAUAAAGUAAAAGUCAUUUAUGAAAAUAAAAA